AUGUCAGACCCAAGAGAUGGCAACGUGGAGGCUGUGACCUCUACAAGGUGGUCCGAGCACCUCUACCGACGUUACGGGGAGGCCAUGUCCGAGUACGUGCAGCGUCAGGUGUUGCCCGCUUUGAAGGACAAGACUGACAUUCAGCUGAUGAAGGAACUUCUCCAUAGGUGGUCGAACCACAAGAUCUAUGUGAAAUGGAUGGACCGAUUCUUCACCUAUUUGGACAGGUAUUAUGUGAAGCUGCAGUCUGUGGAACCAUUGCACAACAGGGGGUACAGCAUCUUCAAUCAGCAGGUCUUUCAAGUCGUCAUCAAAGACACCCGCGCGGCUUUGCUGAAGAUCAUCAACCAGGAGCGACAAGGUGAGCACAUUGAUCAGGACUUGGUGAAAGGUGUGAUUGAAAUUUUCAUCGAUUUGGGUCUCAACAGCCCGAAUCUCUACAACACCGAAUUCGAGGAAGCCUUCCUGCCAGCCACCAGCAGCUACUUUGUUCGUCAAGCCUCCGGUUGGUUGUCGGAAGACUCCUUCCCAGAGUACCUCCGGAAAGCGGAGGCGGCCCUUCAAGCUGAAGAGCAGAGAUGUUACAACUACUUGAACAGGACCACUCUGCCCAAGCUCAAAAAUGUGGUAAUUCAAGCUGUACUGUCAAACCCCCAAUCGCAGUUGUUGGAAAAAGAGACGGGUGUAGUGUACCUUUUGGACAAUGACAAGCGAGAGGACCUGGCCCGAAUGCAUCGCAUGUUUUCCUUGGUGGAGGAUGGUUUGGCCCCCAUUGCGCAUUCCUUCCGGCAAUAUGUGACCGACAGGGGCAACCAAAUUGUGGACGAGCGAGUGGAGCAACAGAGACAGGUGAGUUCCAAGACCGAAGCCUUGAACGAUCCUGCCUUCAUCCAGACCCUGCUGGAGCUUCAUGACCGUUUCAAAGGCAUCGUGAAUGAGUGCUUCUCUCAAGAUUCCCGCUUUCAGAAGUCUCUGAAAGAAGCUUUCGAAGUCUUCGUGAACCGCGACAUUGGCAAGUUCUCCUUCGCAGCGUUGAUGUCUUCCUUCUGCGAUCGUAUUCUGAAGAAGUCAGGAGAACGACUGUCAGAUGAACAGGUGGAGAACCUGUUGACCAAGAUGGCCCGGCUUCCAGGGUGUACCUCUGCCACAGCAGCAGAUCUGUGCCGAUGUGCGCCAUUGGAAGGUCCCAAGUUUCACCGAGAGUCAUGGGAUGCUAACAGCCUGGUCUACCCGGCAAUUCAGCUGCGACCGCUGUUGAUGCUGGAAGGAAAUCCCAGACAGCAGCAAACUGGAGUCUUAGUGCCGCUGCGCGCGCGUGCUGCGGGCUCUGUGACGCUGCUGAGCUCCGCCGAGGUCGAGAGCGGCGACGGCUGGCCGCGGCUGCUGCGGUACCAGGGCCGUUGGUGCCAGGAGGUGAGCUGCGAUGCCCACGACGUCCACGACGUCUACGACGUGCACGUGCCCUGCUGCCUUCCGAGUGACGCAGAGUCAGACACGACCGGCGACACAUGGCCCUUGCUCCUGUUGCUCCAGCCCGGUGAAGCCUCUGACACGACCCCGACUGGCACGACUGGCACGACUGGCACGACUGGCACGACUGGCACGACUGGCACGACUGGCACGGCCGUGGAUGGCACGGUGAUGGUCUUCUGCGCCCGGAGACAUGGCGGCCUGGUGGUGAUGAAACAAAUCAUCGCAUGGAGAGGUCAAGCAUUUCAACUUCAGGAGAUGUUUGGUAUUCAGGAGUUGCACUCGGCGGCUGAUGAUUCGAGCACACGUGCGUGUGUCAUCUGUUUGACUGCACCGAAGAACACGGCGGUGUUGCCAUGUCGGCACUUCUGCUGCUGUUACGAUUGCGCUCGAAGCUUGCGUUUCUCCGGCGCUGGCCGCAAGCGUUGCCCGCUGUGCCGGAGCCAGGUCACAGAUAUCUUGCGCCUAGACAUGGAGCCGGCAGAGGCGAACGAGGCCCUUCCCGAGUCAAGCCAGCUGGCAGAUGGUGCCCAGGCUCUUCCCUCCAGCGCUUCCCGGCGCUUGGCUCUGGAGCUGCGUGCGACGUUGCAACGUGCCGCAGCGCUGCGCGCGGAGCACCAGUUGGAACUUUCUCUCGCAGAGGAAGGGGAUCUACGGCUCUGGAGGAUGUUGUUAUACACUGAAGGCUUUGGCAGUUCAACGCUGGGGCAUGAACUCCGUCGUUGGGAGGUGGAUGCAGUCGAGUUGGAGCUAUGGAUUUGCCAGAGCUUUCCGCACGCGCCACCAGCUGUGAGGGUCAUGCGCCCCCGCUUCGCACCAGGCAGCUUCUGGGUGCAUGAGCAUGGAGCUCUGUGCAUGGAAGUGCUCACUCAAAGCGGCUGGUCUCCGGCGUUGAGUUUAGCUCAGCUUGGGCUGCAGAUCAAGGACCUUCUGGUCUCAGGCACUGGCCACCUGACCAACGCUGGAUCCAUGGCGGACCCAGGGCUCGCUGCGCGGCAGGCGCGGCAGCGUGCCAUGCAGGUAGCGCAACGGCUGGAGCAGGUCCAUGCGGUAGAACUUUUUUCCUUCCUCAGCGACAAAGACCUCUUUGCCGAGAUCUACAGGAAUCAACUUUCCAAGCGUCUGCUCUACGAGACUUCUGCGUCCGAAGAUGCAGAGAAGAGCAUGAUCGCCAAAUUGAAGAUGAAGUGUGGUGCUCAGUUUACUUCGAAACUCGAGGGUAUGUUGACGGACUUGUCCUUGGCCCUCGACACUCAGAAGGACUUCAAGGAUCACUGUGAGCAGUUGCCCGAGGGCAAGGGAGCCUUGGGUAACAUCGACUUCAAUGUCACAGUGCUGACCACUGGCUUCUGGCCAUCCUACCAGGUGCAAGAAGCAAGUCUGUGCCCUGAGAUGCAAAAGGCGAUUCAGGUCUUCAGCAAUUACUACAACGGGAAGACGCAACACCGACGUCUGCAGUGGAUCCAUCACUUGGGUCAGGCGACCAUCGCAGCAAAGCUCAACGGUCGCAGGCAUGACUUGAUUGUGAACUCCUACCAGGCCUUGAUCCUGUUGCUCUUCACACGGGAUGAGGGCCACAAUCUGAGUUUCAUCCAGAAUUCGACGGGCCUGGAGCCGAGCAUGUGCAAGAAGCUUUUGGCGACUCUGUCCAUUGCAAAGUUCAAGAUCUUGACCAAGACGGGAGAUGCCAAGACCAUUGAGGAUGAUGCGACAUUCACGCCGAACGAUGGCUUCGUGUGCCAGCACCGGAAGAUCAAGAUCCCUCCCCCCGUCACAGAGGAGACUCACAACAAGGAACGAGUGGAAGAAGAUCGGUCCAUCGCAAUCGAGGCAGCCAUUGUGCGCAUUAUGAAGAUGAGAAAGACGCUGAACCAUCAGCAGCUGGUGACGGAGGUCUUGACGCAGCUGGCUUUCUUUAAGCCAAACCCCAAGUUGGUGAAGCAACGGAUUGAGCACCUCAUUGAACGCGAGUACCUGGAACGUGACAAGGACCAGGCUUUUGCAUACCAAACUGCAGGGCCAAUGGAGACAGAGGUAUUGUAUGGAUUCCCAGAGCCUUGGCUGGUGACUGGGGGUCUGUUCUUGGAUGGCCCUGUCUCCCAUGGAAAAUACAGUGACAACCCCCACCGUGCCACCCAGCUUUGUUUUUGGGCAGUUGAGAACAUCUACUACGACAGCUUCACGGCGGCCCCUGGGGACUUGGGCUAUGUUGGCAGCCUGGACGAGUGUCGGCAGAGGUCCCAGGCUGAAGCCCAAAGCCCGGGCUUUGCCUUCAGUAGCUCCAACGAUUGCACCGUUUACAUGAAUAAUGGCCAAAGUCCGUCAAGCUUUCAGGUCCCAGCAGCUGGGAUCGUCAAUAGCAACUACGGCAACGGCGAGGUCAAGAAGGCGUCUGAACAUACGACAUUAACAACUUGCUACAAGAAGUUGCCUGCCACAACGAGCAGCACCACAAGAGAGUCAACGUCAGUUGUGUCCACUGCCACGACAAGUACGACAAGCACCACGACCACAUUAGGAGUGAUAUCUGGAGUGACCAUCGAUCGAUAUACCGUGACCACCGAUGCGUUCUGCUCGAAUGCCAUUGACUCCACGGACCCGUCGAUUCUACGAAGCUUCGACUCCAAAGAAAGCUGUUGGGAUUUCUGUAGUUCACAAGCGUCCUGUGUGGCUUGCUUUCGGCCUUGUACAGACGGCACACAAGGUCACUGCGACGGUGAAAGCUGCAGCUUUCUAGCUGUGUCAUUAUGUUCAACCCGCGUUUCAGAUGGUUGUGGCGCCCAAAUUUGGAGAAAGGCAAAAACUGCUGAAGAUCCGAUGUUGGCACUGCGAAUUGUGCUGAUCGUGCUGGGACUUCUUAUUCUCAUAGGCAUCAUUACCUUGUAUUGCUGGUGGAAGCGGAGAAAGAAUGGCCGUGUGCCAUUGACCUCAAAGGCGCCAGUAACGCCCGUGAAUCCAGAUCCUGCUACAGUGGGUGCAGCGGCCAUAAAGGUACCAAAGACCAUCCCCGCGGAAAGCGAGGAGGGCACAGCGUUGUCGGAGGCAAAGCGGAAUGCCCUGCCCUCGCACUGGGGACACAGUGUUGAAAGCACAGAGUUCAAGUCGAUGCUCUACGUCUCCGAAGAGAAACACAAGAUCUUUGAGGCUUUGUUGUCGAAGACCUACAAAGCUCGCAGCACCCAAGACAGGCCGUGUCCCAAUGGAUCUUGUCCCAAGACACCUGGUGGCUGUCCCUGUGUUCAGCCUGAUGGCAAUCCAGGUCUGCCAGCGAGUUAUGUGAUUCGCCGCAUCAUUCGGGUGGAGAAUUCCAGGAUGUGGAGCAACUACACGGCCAAGCGCCAGCGGCUGCGCGGCCGAGGGAGCAUCGAGCAGCCGGAGCCCGCGGUGCAGACGGCAGGAAUUGUUGGUGAGAAUCCCGACGUCUUCACACCGCUUGACAGCACUGUGAAUGAGUUCUACCUAUGGCAUGGCACUCAUAUCAGAGCUGCGCUGUCCAUCGCGCGUGAGGAUUUCCGAAUCGACAUGGCGGGAUCCAAUGCGGGCACCAUGUAUGGCAAGGGCUGCUACCUGGCUGAGAACUGCACGAAGGCAGACGAAUAUGCCAAGGAUGAACCUCACGGAUGCUCGGUGAAUACCAACUGA